AUGGAGAAAGCAGAAAGAAGAAAUCAAACAAUCAUUAUGGAAUUCAUCCUCUUAGGAUUUGGGAACGGCCCUGAACUGCAACCCCUCCUCUUCUUGCUGUUUCUAGUGAUCUACCUUGUGACUGUGGCCGGGAAUAUCCUCGUAGUUCUGCUGAUAGUGACCGAUAAGCACCUCCACACCCCCAUGUACUAUUUACUGGGGAACUUGUCCUGGUUGGAGACCUGCCUCAUCUCCACUUUGCUGCCCAAACUCCUGGCCAGUCUCCUGACUGGGGACAGAACCAUCUCGGUGAAGGGUUGCAUGGUACAAUUGUAUUUCUUCGGUAUCAUGUCGACCGCAGAGUCUCUGCUGCUCACGGCCAUGUCCUACGACCGGUAUCUAGCGAUCUGCCAGCCCCUCCGUUACCCUGUGCUGAUGAACGGCCGGGUGUGUUGCCAGCUAGUGGCGGGGUCCUGGAUGAGUAGCUUGACAACAUGCACCACGGGGAUGGUUUUAUUGUUGCAGUCGACAUUCUGUCAUUCUGGAGAGAUUGACCAUUUCUUUUGUGAUUUCUCCCCCAUGCUAGAGCUGUCCUGUGAUGACUCCCAGACUCUGAAACUGUUGACAUUUAUUAUUGCUAUCAUGUGGACAUUGGUGCCCUGUCUCCUGACCCUGGCGUCCUAUACUUGUAUCAUCAGCAACAUCUUGAAAAUCCCUUCCACCUCUGGCAGGAAAAAGGCCUUUUCCACCUGCUCCUCUCACCUCAUUAUGCUCACCAUUUUCUAUGUGACCGUGACUACGGUCUAUAUGGUUCCCACAGCCAACACUCCCAAGAUCCUAAGCAAAGUAUUCUCUGUCUUCUACACGGUCCUGACUCCCCUGCUCAACCCUAUUGUGUACUGCCUGCGAAACAAGGAGGUGAACGAAUCCCUGAAGAAACUAAUUUUUAAGCUGGUUGCUUUCUGA